AGUCCAUACCUUUAUUUAACAGCCAAUAGAUGUCUUACCAAUUGGAUCCGCCUUUGUUUCAACUGGGUUUCGAUCAUUACAAACAAUCACAACUAGUCUACUGCUAUUUCAAUUUCCAAUUCUUCGUCCUUUCUCUGCAAAAAAAAAAAAGAAAAAAAAGAAAAAAAAAGAAGCAAAAACAGGAGUGUUUUCAGGAGGUUUUGGAGGCCAUCGCUGCUGUAAUUCCUUCUCACAAAUGGCAUCAGUGAAGCGUAAAAGAGAGUCAUCUUCAUCACCAUCUUCUUCUUCAACACGUCAGCCAAAAUACAAUGCAUUUCUUAGUUUUAGGGGUGAGGACACCCGUACUAAUUUUACUGACCAUCUAUACGUUGCUUUGAAACGAAAGGGGAUUAUUACUUUUAGGGAUGAAGAAGAACUCAAGAAAGGAGAACGUAUUUCUGAGCUCUUCAAAGCAAUUGAAGAAUCACAAUUUGCUAUCAUCAUUCUCUCAAGAAACUAUGCAUCUUCUACGUGGUGCUUGGAUGAGCUUGCCAAGAUUAUCAAAUGCAAGGAUGAAAUAGGAUUAGAAGUUUUGCCUGUUUUUUACAAUGUGAGCCCAUCUAUUGUACGAAAACAAACAGAAACUUUUGAACAAGCCUUUAUUGAUCACCAGAUACGCUUUGAGGAUAACAUAGAAAAGGUGCAAACAUGGAGAGAUACUUUAAAAAAAGUGGCUGAUAUCAAAGGUUGGGAUCUGCAUCUACAAAAUAGGCAUGAGUCUGAAAUUAUCCAAGACAUUGUGGAAGGAAUUAUGGAGAAAUUGAGUUCUAAAUCCUCAAGCAUUAACAAAAAUUUGAUAGGAAUAAAUUCUAUGGUGGUAGAAUUGAUCCCUUCAUAUGUAGGUUUUGGGAAUGAUAUUUACAUGAUGGGGAUUUGUGGUAUGGGGGGUCUAGGAAAAACAACUCUUGCUAGUGCUAUAUAUUAUGAGUAUUCUAAUCAUUUUGAAGGUUCUAGUUUUAUUGCCAAUGUUAGGGAAAGAUCAGAAAAAGGUGAACUACAUAAAUUACAACAACAAUUGCUUGAUGAAAUUUUGGAGAGAAGUAAUACAACGAUCUACAAUGUUCAAGUAGGAGUUAAAAAAAUCAAGAGUAGUGGGUUACGUCAUAAAAAAGUUCUACUUGUCCUAGAUGAUGUUAAUCACAAGGAUCAAUUAGAAAAUUUGGUCGGAGAGCAUGAUUGGUUUGGAUUGGGGAGUUGGAUCAUCGUAACAACUAGAGAUGAACAUGUGUUGGUCCAACAUGGAGUGCUUAAAAUAUAUAAGCCUAAUGGAUUAGAUGAUGAUGAUGCCUCAACACUUUUUUGUUCGAAAGCCUUCAAAAAGGAGCAACCCGAAGAAGGCUAUAUGCAACUCUCCCAAAAAGUUGUAGAAUAUGCUAGUGGCCUUCCAUUAGCUCUUGUUACUUUGGGUUCCUUUUUGGUUGGAAGAACAAUAGAAGAGUGGCAAAGUGCAUUGGACAGUUUUAGAAAUAUUAAAGGAGAUAUACACGAUAUACUUAAAAUAAGUUAUGAUGGACUAGAGGAAAUGUGGAAGGAGAUAUUCUUAGAUAUUGCAUGUUUCUUUAGAGGCGAAGGGAAAGAUGAAGUAAUACAAAUAUUAGAGAAUUGUGGUUUUAAUGCAAGAAUUGGUGUAAGUGUUCUUGUGGAAAGAUCUCUCCUAACGGUGGAUGACAAUGAAUGUUUUAGGAUGCAUGAUCUACUAUCAGAAAUGGGUCAAAAAAUUAUUUGUUUUGAAUUAGGUGGAAAUCUUGGAAAGCAAAAUCGAUUGUGGCUUGUUGAGGACUUGCUUCAUGUAUUGAAGAACGAUAUGGCAAGAAAAAUGACAAAGCAUUGAGUUGGCAACAGAAGCAAUUCAAGCCAUAGUCGUUGAAUACGAGGAAAAUGAUUUUAACUUUGAUGAAGUUCCUGAAGUG